AUGACUACUCGAUAUCAUCUUAAUACUGAUCAUUGGAGUAAAAUGCGCAUGAAUAUAAUAAAAAAUACUAUUAAUAUUGAACAUCGUGGACGUGUUCUUAGUUGGGAAAAACAUAAAAAGAAAGCUGCACAAAAUGAACUCGAAGCAGCUGUACGUGGUACACGAAAUUUACCAGAGAAUGAUAUUGGACCGGUACAUAAUUUUCAAGAUAUUCUUACAAUGGAACUUAAUGAAUAUGUACCUGGUAGUGCAUAUUUUCGUCGACAUACAGAACAAAAUUUAGAAAAUAUUAAUGAACAUAAGAACAAGAUGACACAAUUGGGUCAUCCAUUAAUGACUGGUUCACAAUAUACUCUUAUGACAUUACCAACAAAUCCACAAAGUGAUCAAACAAGAAGUCGUGUACCUGUUUUACAAUGUCGUGGAAAAAUAUAA